GUCACGUCCGGCGGCGGCGACGGCGGCGUUUCCGUACGGUCGGCCGAGCACGUACGGCCUGGGCUGUUGGUUCGUAGGGCUGUGGAGGCGACGCGGCCCGGGGCCGGGCACAAGGAGGACCGGCCCGGGUGAGGAGACAGACCAUGGACGGCUCCUUCGUCCAGCACAGUGUGAGGGUUCUGCAGGAGCUCAACAAGCAGCGGGAGAAGGGCCAGUACUGCGAUGCCACCCUGGACGUGGGGGGCCUGGUGUUCAAGGCACACUGGAGUGUCCUUGCCUGCUGCAGCCACUUUUUCCAGAGCCUCUACGGGGAUGGCUCAGGGGGCAGUGUUGUCCUCCCUGCCGGCUUCGCUGAGAUCUUUGGCCUCCUGUUGGACUUUUUCUACACUGGUCACCUUGCCCUCACCUCAGGGAACCGGGAUCAGGUGCUCCUGGCAGCCAGGGAGUUGCGAGUACCAGACGCUGUGGAGCUAUGCCAGAGCUUCAAGCCCAAAACUUCAGUGGGACAGGCACCAAGUAGCCAGAGUGGGUUGGGGAAACCUGCCCCCAGGGAUGUGAACAGCCACCCCAAAGAGCCAGCAGGCUUGGAGGAAGAGGAAGUUUUGAGGACUCUAGGUCAAAUCUCCAGGGAUCAGGAGCUCAGUGACAGUCACAGUCCCCAGAGGCCCCAGCUUGGUCUUCCUGCUCAGAGUGAGAGUCCCUCCUUCCUCCGUGGGAAACUCAAGCAGGCCCUGAAGCUUUGUUCCCCAGAGGACAAGGAGCCUGAGGAUUGCAAGGUGCCCCCAAGGCCCUUCGAGGCUGAAGGUGCCCAGCUGCAGGGCGGGAGUAAUGAGUGGGAAGUGGUGGUUCAAGUUGAGGACGAUGGGGAUGGCGGUGACGUUUCUGAGACUGAGACUAUGCCGACCAGGAGGAAAUCAAACGUAAUGAGAAAGCCCUGUGCUGCCGAGCCAGCCCUGAGUGCAGGUUCCCUAGCAGCUGAAGCCUCUGAGAACAGAAAAGGUACAGCGGUGCCGGUUGAAUGUCCCACAUGUCAUAAAAAGUUCCUCAGCAAAUAUUAUCUAAAAGUCCACAACAGGAAACACACUGGGGAGAAACCUUUCGAGUGUCCCAAAUGUGGAAAGUGUUACUUUCGGAAGGAGAACCUCCUGGAGCAUGAAGCCCGGAAUUGUAUGAACCGUUCAGAACAGGUCUUCACGUGCUCUGUGUGCCAGGAGACCUUCCGCCGGAGGAUGGAGCUGCGGGUGCACAUGGUGUCCCACACGGGGGAGAUGCCCUACAAGUGUUCCUCCUGCUCCCAGCAGUUCAUGCAGAAAAAGGACUUGCAGAGCCACAUGAUCAAGCUGCACGGAGCCCCCAAGCCCCACGCCUGUCCCACCUGUGCCAAGUGCUUCCUGUCCCGAACAGAACUGCAGCUGCAUGAGGCUUUCAAGCACCGCGGGGAGAAGCUGUUUGUGUGCGAGGAGUGCGGGCACCGGGCCUCGAGCCGAAAUGGCCUGCAGAUGCACAUCAAGGCCAAGCACAGGAACGAGAGGCCGUAUGUCUGUGAGUUCUGCAGCCACGCCUUCACCCAGAAGGCCAAUCUCAACAUGCACCUGCGCACACACACAGGCGAGAAGCCCUUCCAGUGCCACCUCUGUGGCAAGACCUUCCGCACCCAAGCCAGCCUGGACAAGCACAACCGCACCCACACCGGCGAGAGGCCCUUUAGCUGUGAGUUCUGCGAGCAGCGCUUCACUGAGAAGGGGCCCCUGCUGAGGCACGUGGCCAGCCGCCACCAGGAGGGCCGGCCCCACUUCUGCCAGAUCUGUGGGAAGACCUUCAAAGCGGUGGAGCAGCUGCGUGUGCACGUCAGAAGGCACAAGGGGGUUAGGAAGUUUGAAUGCACUGAAUGUGGCUACAAGUUCACCCGGCAGGCCCACCUGCGGAGGCACAUGGAGAUCCAUGACCGGGUGGAGAACUACAACCCACGGCAGCGCAAGCUCCGGAACCUGGUCAUUGAGGAUGAGAAGAUGGUGGUGGUGGCACUCCAGCCGCCUGCUGAGCUGGAGGUGGGCUCGGCUGAGGUCAUCGUGGAGUCCCUGGCCCAGGGCGGCCUGGCCUCCCAGCUCACUGGCCAGAGACUAUGUGCAGAGGAGAGCUUUGCAAGCCCGGGCGUCAUGGAGCCCUCACUCAUCAUCACGGCUGCCAUCCCUGAGGACUGUGACACGUAGCCCCCUGCCCACCACAGCCCACUUGGCCCCAGCCCCCAAUAAACCACAUGGCUUUGGACUUGA